AGUUCAAGAACGAACUACAGCAAUCAUCAUGUUCAGGUUCGUGGCUCUUUGCGGUUGCCUGUUGGCUGUUGCCCACGCGGGCGUAAUCGGUGGCGGCCUGAUCGCAGCAACCGCACCUGCAGCGGUUGCCGUCCAGCCCCAGAUCUCCCUGCAACCGACGACAGCCACGUUAUCCCUGCCUACAGUUGCGACCUCCUCGUCCAAUAUUAUUCGAGGAAUCGGUAAUUCAGGCACAAUUUCGGCCUACCACAAGACCGUCGACACCGCGUUCACUAGCGAAAGGAACGGCGACGUGCGCAUUAACAAUCCUGACGUGGGAAUUGUGAGCGCCAGCGCGCCUGCAGUUGCAGUGACGAAUACUGCUUUUGCAGCCUCUCCCGUUGCAACUGCCUACGGUCUCGGUGGACCUACAUUGACGACCCUUGCAACUGGCCCUGCAAUCGCCACCGGUUUGGGAAUCAACGGAUUAGGAAUCAACGGAUUGGGAAUCAACGGACUGGGAGUCAACGGAUUGGGAGUCAACGGAUUGGGAGUCAACGGAUUGGGAGUCAAUGGAUUGGGAUAUGCCGGUCUGGGGCUGAACGGGUUAGGUGUUGGACAUGUCAAGGUUUUGUAAAUUUCUUGCAAAACCGCUCCGAAGACUCAGAAAAGAUGAAUUCACCAUCGCCGUCUGCCCAUUCGAUUCUAAAGCAUGUCACAGAA